GUCUUGUCCUUCGUCACCGACCACCAUCGUCUCCUAAGCUAGCGAGAUACAAUGUCUGGUCGUGGAAAAGGUGGAAAGGGUCUCGGAAAGGGGGCGCCAAGCGUCACCGUAAGAUUCUUCGCGACAACAUCCAAGGUAUCACGAAGCCUGCCAUUCGCCGUCUCGCUCGUCGCGGCGGUGUGAAACGUAUCUCCGGCCUCAUUUAUGAGGAGACUCGCGGCGUCCUCAAGAUCUUCCUCGAGAACGUCAUCCGGGACAGUGUCACCUACACGGAGCAUGCCAAGCGUAAGACCGUCACCGCCUUGGACGUGGUGUAUGCCCUCAAGCGCUCUGGCCGCACGCUGUACGGCUUCGGCGCCUGAUUUACCUACAAGGCUACUACUACCAUGCUGUCUCGAACGUUCGUAUUGCCUCACUAUGCAAGCCAAACCGUUGGACAGAUUAUGUUACCUGCCCAUCAUGUGCAGCCCUACGGGCCCGGCGGUUGCCUCCGGAGCAUGAUGUGGUUUGUUUGACGACGAUGUACUAGCUCGAUCAAUGCAUGUAUCGUGUGGUUUUCACAUAAUUCAACCCUUC